AUGGAGAGUCCCUGUCCAGUCCUGGGUCUCAAAGUGAAGACCAGUGGCGGCCCGGACAGGAUCCUUCGGUCUUCAGUCCGAGCAGAGAGCGAGUGUCCUACAGAAGUGUGUGUUACUUUGAUGGUUUUCCGCGGAACAGGAGCCUCCAGAGAACAGAGCGAGGACAAAGGGCAGAGGACAGCCGUGGUGUUGGACAAAGGGCAGAGGACAGCCGUGGUGGUAGACAAAGGGCAGAGGACAGCCGUGGUGGUGGACAAAGGGCAGAGGACAGCCGUGGUGGUAGACAAAGGGCAGAGGACAGCCGUGGUGGUGGACAAAGGGCAGAGGACAGCCGUGGUGGUGGACAAAGGGCAGAGGACAGCCGUGGUGGUGGACAAAGGGCAGAGGACAGCCGUGGUGGUGGACAAAGGGCAGAGGACAGCCAUGGUGGUGGACAAAGGGCAGAGGACAGCCGUGGUGGUGGACAAAGGGCAGAGGACAGCCGUGGUGGUAGACAAAGGGCAGAGGACAGCCGUGGUGGUGGACAAAGGGCAGAGGACAGCCGUGGUGGUGGACAAAGGGCAGAGGACAGCCGUGGUGGUGGACAAAGGGCAGAGGACAGCCGUGGUGGUAGACAAAGGGCAGAGGACAGCCGUGAUCUCGGACAUCCAGGUGAACGGUCAGUCCGAUGACAUGACGGCCAAAGAGCGGCUGCUGCUGUGGUCCCAGAGGAUGGUGGAGAAUUAUCAGGGACUCGGCUGCAAAGACUUCACCUCGAGCUGGAGGGACGGGAAGCUCUUCAACGCCAUCAUCCACAAGCACAGAACCAAGACCUGGGCCGCAUUCAAGACCCGCUGCUGCAGAACCAAGACCUGGGCCGCAUUCAAGACCCGCUGCUGCAGAACCAAGACCUGUUCAAGACCCGCUGCUGCAGAACCAAGACCUGUUCAAGACCCACUGCUGCAGAACCAAGACCUGGGCCCCAUUCAAGAUCCGCUACUGCAAAACCAAGACCUGAGCCGCAUUCAAGACCCGCUGCUGCAGAACCAAGACCUGGGCCCCAUUCAAGAUCCGCUACUGCAAAACCAAGACCUGGGCCCCAUUCAAGAUCCGCUACUGCAAAACCAAGACCUGGGCCGCAUUCAAGACCCGCUGCUGCAGAACCAAGACCUGGGUUGCAUUCAAGACCCGCUGCUGCAGAACCAAGACUUGGGUUGCAUUCAAGACCCGCUGCUGCAGAACCAAGACCUGGGCCGCAUUCAAGACCCGCUGCUGCAGAACCAAGACCUGGGCCGCAUUCAAGAUCCGCUGCUGCAGAACCAAGACCUGGGCCCCAUUCAAGACCCGCUGCUGCAGAACCAAGACCUGCGGAUCAAGGACUUUUGA